AAAAAGUGGGCUUAUUCAUGAACGGGCCCACUAAAAUUUGGAACAGAAGAUUGUCGGAAACCAGUUCCUAAUUCCAAUUUUAGUGACGGCGGAGGUUGAAAGGGGAAGGAGUAGAAAUGGUGACCGGAGAAGCAUUGAUCGCGUACAGAGCUCUGCUCAGGGCUACAAGAAAAUCAUUCGCCGGUGAUACCGAGAUGCUGAAAGCUUCGGCGUCCGAGAUCCGUAAGAAAUUCGAAGAGAACCGCCUCGUGGCUUCCAACGCCGACAUCACUCGCCUUCUCGAAGAGGCGCGUGAAGCCACGCAGUUCAUUUCCACCAUGAUCGUCCAGGCCAAACUAAACGAACGCGGCGGAUACGAGGUGAAAGCAAGUCAGGAACACGCAGGAGCUACUUUGGAGCUUCCAUCAGAGGAGAUGCUUCGGAAAAAAUCUGUAUGAGUAAGUCUCUCUCAAUGACUUGCCCAGUCUGAAAUUGGAUUACUUGCCCCUUACUCGUUUUGUUUAAUCGGGGAAAGGUGUAACCUUUUUUUGUCAUUCUCUGUUUGUUUUCUCUCUUCACGGCCAAAUUUAAUCAAUAAGAAAUCCUUACAUACAUUUUUGGAUGAGAUUCGUCCAUUUCAGAUCAAGAAUUACAGAAUUUCACUUA